AUGGAGGGUCACCGGAAACUGAUAACUAAGAUGAAGAUUUGGGGGUAUGGUGGCGGGUCACGGGGUGGCUCCGCCUGGGGAGAUGGAAUUCUUCUGAUAAAAAUGAUGAGUGGGGCAAUGAGAGCUGCGGUUCUGUUGCUUUUUUGUUUUCAUUUUUUUGUAGUUAGUCGGGUUGUAGGGAGAGAUGUGAAUUUUGUUAAGGAUGAGAAGUUUUUGACUGGUGUUGGUAAGGGAGGUGGGUUUGGAUUUGGAGCUGGGGGUGGUUUUGGGACUGGUGCAGCAGGAGGAGGAUGGGGAGGUGGAGGUGGAGGUGGGGGUGGAAUAGGAGGUGGCGGCAUUGGAGGAGGUGCAGGUGGGGGAUUUGGUGGCGGUGGUGGAUUUGGAAAAGCUGGUGGUAUAGGAGGAGGCGCCGGUGGUGGCUUUGGAGGAGGUGGAGGCGGAGGAGCUGGUGGAGUAGGCGGUGGUGCCGGAGGUGGCGUUGGAGGAGGUGCCGGUGUAGGAGCAGGUGGUGGUGGUGCUGCUGGAGGUGGCAUUGGAGGAGGUGCUGGUGGAGGAGCCGGUGGUGGUGCUGGAGUUGGAGGAGGUGCAGGUAGUGGUGGUGGUGCUGGUGGUGGCGUUGGAGGAGGUGCUGGUGGAGGAGCAGGUGGUGGUGCUGGAAUUGGAGGAGGUGCAGGUGGUGGUGGUGCUGGAGGCGGCGCUGGUGGAGGAGCUGGAGUUGGAGGAGGUGCAGGGGGUGGUGGUGCUGGAGCUGGAGGAGGUUGAGGAGGGUGGGUGUGGUGGUGUGGGAGGGGCGUUGGAGGUGCGUCUGGAGUUGGAGGAGGUGCCAGGGGGUGGUGCUGCUGGAGGUGGCGUUGGAGGAGCGCUGGAGGAGGUGCGGGUGGUGGUGCUGGUGCUGGAGGUGGCGUUGGAGGAGGUGCCGGUAGAGCAGGUGGUGGUGGUGGAGUUGGAGGCGUGCAGGGUGCAGGGGGUGGAGCUGGUGGAGGAGUAGGUGGUGGUGCAGGAGGUGGGGCUGGAGGAGGGGCUGGUGGAGGCAUCGGUGGUGGUGCCGGAGGUGGAGCAGGUGGAGGCGUAGGAGGAGGGGCUGGAGGAGGCCUUGGCGGAGGUGGCGGAGUAGGGGGUGGAGCAGGUGGUGGCUUUGGGAAAGGUGGAGGUAUAGGAGGUGGUGCAGGUGGUGGUUUUGGGGCUGGAGGAGGCUUUGGUGGAGGGCAUGGGGGAUUUGGUAAGGGUGGAGGAGUUGGUUUCGGAGGCGGGACUGGUCCUGGAAUUGGACGUCGCAAAUUGUGA